GACGGGAAUUCGGUCCCUGAGGGACGGUGCCCUCCGAAAAUGUUCAUAUGUGACCGCCCUAUCAUCAAACUUCAAAGCUUUCAAGAGGACUUUUAGGCUGAACUCGUGGGCCAUGGUGAAGAAAUUGACAGCAAUAGAAGGCAGCACUGACGUGAUCAAUGGUGUGUCUGCAGACCACUUCAGAAGAGGUGCCAGCGUGGAAGCCACUGACAGCGCUCAUUGGUGAAACUUCAUGAGAACUUUCAAUCAAUUGUGCCACCUCAUGUCGCGUCAAAUUUCAGGUCAACGCGCGUUCUAGCUGGUCCUGAACUGGAAAAUACAGGGCUAAAGGGCCACAUCAUGAAGCUGAUCAAUCAAGUGCAACUCUCUGCAGCAGAGUUGCAGGUGUGCCCAAAGUUCACGGAGUUGAUAGAGCAGCUGGAGAAGGUCUGCUUCUCUGAAAGCAGCCCCCUCGUAGUCAAGGAUGCUGCAGAGAAUGUGGCGCAGGCCCGCUUGGACAUGGUGAAGGAGAGAGAAAAGUACUACAUAGCUAAGGCAAUCCACAGCGAAGCGACUGCUCUGCUGGAAGACUAUCAAGAGGCCAAGGCGCUUGCUGUAGACAGGGAUGCAGACUUGAGGGAAGCGGUUGAGCAAGCUGGGCUUUGGUCAGAUCCUGAAGUGUAUGAGACGUUGGCCCGCCGCCUCAGCGCCGCAGAAGCCGCUCAGCGCUUGCGGCUGCCUGAAGGGGCGUCUCUUAAGCCAGAUGAGGCCCAAGAAGAGUCGAACGGCAUACCGAAGGGGGUUAUGACUGGCGACGACGAACAUUCUGCGCAUCACAUGCUGGGAGUGCGGCCUGAGGAGCUGCUGAGGAGUCAGCUCGACGAGGGGCCGUUCAGCCAAGAUUCCGCUACCUUCCAGGCGAUGGUGAUACCCGAGAUCGAGGCCCGUCUUCGAGCGAAGGUCGAGCGCCUCGAGUCGGCUUUUGCGGCAGGGUCCAGCGGCACCGCACAAUCGACAAGGAGCUCGAGUCUUCCAGACAGGGUCGCUGCCGCUGUGGCGAAGCUUUCCGCUGACAAGGCGGCGGAGCUCGACGAGUACUACGCUGCUGAUCGACGCUUCACCGAGUACUACAACGUUUUGGAGCAGAUGUUGGGCGUACUCCUGCGGAUGGCAAAGGAAUACAAGCUCGACCACCAGCACCGAUACGACCUCCUUCGCACCGAGUGGCUCUGCCGGCGAUGCCAGACGAUGCACUCCAAGCUCCGGGUAAUGGAGUUCAUGCUGCUGAGGGAUACAUACAAUGGGGAGACGGUUCCUGCACUGCACAUCGUCAGGAACCACCUUCUGAGAGCCAUGGAAGAUGCGACCGCCGCUCACACGACCGCAGUCACGCGGUUGCGGGAGUUCCAAGGCUUCGACGAACGCUUCGACGAGAUUGCCACCGAGUACAGAGAAUUGACGGCGAGGUUACAAGAGGUCGAGUGGACCCUUGCGGAGGUUGAAAGGGACUUAGAGGCGGUGGACUACGCUUGAGAAAGCUAGCAGCUCCGAAUAGUGCGAGUCAGAGUCAGUGUUCGGCCGGUCCUAGGAAACCUUGUACCACAGGGGAUAUUGAAGAACUGAUCACCCCUGUAAAAGGAAUGAGAACGGGGGUAUGAUUGAGCCACGGUGAAUCUAUAAGCAUCGACCUUGCUGUCCGGCCGUCGAAGAAAGCUCGAUCAUGUGCUAGCACCCCCCCUACAUGUUGUGCAAUGGGGCGCAAGUACUGCGGCGGG